AUGGCGGCGGCCGGCGGGGCGCGGGGCCGCACCAGCUUCCAGCGCCGGCCCGGGGCCGGCCCGCGGCCGCCCGCCCUGCCGGGCACUCGGCCCGCGCUGCGCCACGGGCAGCUGCUGCUCUCCAGCGGGCUGCCCUCCCUGGACUGUGUGCUAGGUGGAGGCGUACCUGUUGGAACCCUUCUUCUUAUUGAGGAGGAUAAAUAUGGCCUUUACUCCAAUUUGUUGUUCAAGUAUUUUCUCGCAGAGGGAAUUGUCUGUGGACAUGAACUGUUUGUUGCUUCUGCCAAAGAGCACCCUGACAACAUUUUGAAGGAACUUCCAGCCCCUUUGCUUGAUGAUUCCCAUGGGAAGGAACUGGGGGAUGAAGCAGCAGCUGUGAAGCCUGAGGAUUUUCAGGAUUCUAUGAAAAUAGCCUGGCGGUACCAAAAUUUACCAAAAAUGGAGGUCAGCCCAACAACACAUACAAAGUUUGGCCAUUAUUAUGAUAUUUCUAAAAAAAUGUCUCCAGAGCUGUGUCAGUCUGUAAAACUGCACAGUUUUUACCUCCAUGAAGAAUUGCCUUUUGAGCCUAAAAUGAAAACAUGGAAUAUGAACAGUGGUUAUGCAAGGCUGCUUCAGUCCAUUCAGAGGAUCAUUUCCCAGGAAGGCUUUGAUGGCUCUGAUCCCCAGAAAAAACAAAGGAAUGUUUUGAGGAUAGGAAUCCAGAGCCUGGGUUCCAUAUUGUGGGGUGAUGAUGUUUGUUGCAGUGAUACUCCUGAAGAUCCUCAGAGCCUGACAAAAUUCCUCUAUGUUCUGCGUGGCCUGCUCAGGAAAUCCUUGUCAGCCUGCAUCAUCACCAUGCCUGCUCACCUCAUCCAGAAUAAAGCAAUUAUGGAACGUGUAACAAACUUGUCAGAUAUGGUGGUUGGUCUUGAAUCAUUUAUUGGCUCUGAGAGAGAAACCAAUCCAUUGUACAAGGAUUACCACGGUUUGGUUCACGUACAUCAGAUUCCUCGGCUUAAUAGCUUGAUCUGUGAUGUGUCAGACACGAAGGACCUUGCUUUUAGAUUAAAAAGGAAGCAGUUCACCAUCGAGCGGCUGCAUUUGCCUCCAGACUUGUCAGACACAGUGAGCCGCGCGAGCAAACAGGAUCUGGCAGGAUCCGCCAAACUGCUGAGCUCAGGAUGUGGCGCCAUGGCCAUCGGCAAGAAGCACCUGGACUUCUAGUGAUUUCUGCUUAGCAGCUCCACUCACAUUCAUCUGACACCCUCAUUAGGAGUGUUAAUGACUUAUAUAAAUAUUUUUCUUAAUGAUUUGACCCAGCAGUCUUUAAAAAUACGUGUUGUCAUAUGAUGCCUUCCUUUUUUUCUUUUUUUUUUUUUCUUUUUUUUUUUUUUUUUUUUUUCCCCCCCCGUGUUUGUUCUGGUUUCUUUGUACUAAAUUUGGUCUUGUUUGGGUUUUGCUUUUUGUUGGGUCCUGCCAUUGUUCUGCUCCAUUGGAAACAGGUAGUAUUUUCUUCCUUUACUUAAAAUACAAAAAUUGCAGCUACCCUUUCAUUUCUAUUUUUUUUUUUACAUUAAAAAUAAAGGGAUAUUUUUUCCCAAAAGAUUUUUUUAUAUACUUAACCUAUAAUAUUUUGUAUGAAUAAUGGGUUUAUUGAAAUAAAGGAAUGGAACUAAG